GGCCGCUCGCUUCCGUCUUCCCCACACGGCGGCCGCCGCUCGGGACGGAGAGCCGCUCGGGAGCGGUGCGGGGAUGUCCUACAAACCCAUCGCGCCCGCCCCCAGCGCCAGCCCCGCCCCGGGGCCCGCCGCCACGGCCGCCGGGGCUGACAGGGCCUGAGGAGGAGCACGGGGCCCGGAGGAGGGCUGGACGCAGUCUGAAGGAGGGCCGGACCCGGUGUCGCUCCCCGCAGCUCCCAGCGUCCCCUCGCCGUCCGCCUUCCGCCCGCUCUUCAACGACUUCGGGCCGCCCUCCAUGGGCUAUGUGCAGGCCAUGAAGCCGCCCGGCGCUCCGGGCUCGCAGAGCACCUACAGCGACCUUCUCUCUGUCAUCGAGGAGAUGGGCAGGGAGAUCCGGCCCACCUACGCCGGCAGCAAGAGCGCCAUGGAGCGGCUCAAGCGGGGGAUCAUCCACGCGCGGGCGCUGGUGCGGGAGUGCUUGGCCGAGACAGAGCGCAACGCCCGCACGUGACAGCCGCCCCCCGCCCCCCCCCGAGCCCCGCCGGUGGCUCCCCAGGAGCGGGGCCACCCCCGGGGCUCCCCCCCACCCCCCAACCCUCCGGCUUUUAUAAAUAAAGGACGUGCUGCAUCCCCCCCCCUUAAA